AGAAAUAUGAAUUUGAUAAGGAAUGUGUUGACUUUUUGGGUUACCGUAUUACGCCCAGAGGGAUCCAAAUGGACUCCAGUAAAGUUGAAAGCCUCCUCUCAUGGCCCACCCCAACAUCCAUUAAAGAUGUGCAAAGGGAGUCCUGCGUCCAGUUGCGUAUUACUCGCGAAAGUUUACG